AUGUCAGCGGGAACUAUUGUUAUAUCCGGAGGAAUUCUCGCCGGAGUGAUACUGCUGUGCAUUGUAGCAGUGCUCUGUUACUGUAGACUCCAGUAUUACUGCUGUAAGAAGAAUGAUUCUGAGGUGGACAUGGGCUCCGUGGUGGGAGCGGACCCUCUCUCACACUUUCCCUGCAACGCCUGCAACGCCCUCGCCAUGGACGGCGCGGCCAUCACCCCCGUCUCUCUGGACCAGCUGGACUCGGGUUCGCACCACAACCACUGCCCCACCUGUUCGCCAUACACGCUCCGCUCAGGACUCACAGACGAAAUGCGUAACGGAGGCGAGCGGCUGGGCUUCCACACCUACUACGAGAACCCGUGUGUCUCUCUCCCGCUGUCCGCCAACCCACAGGGCUCCUCGCCUUUGAGUUACUACGGUCCCACGGACAUGUUUCCUCCCCCACCUCCCCCACCUCGCCCCUACAGCACCCAGGUCUGA